GCUGGUGCACAAAAGGCUGUUUCCGGCCUUCAUUCCGUCACCACGGCGCUUGGACUUGAACUUUUUUGGAGAAAACGACCUGUCCCAAAGAACUAGCUGAUCUGGCUCUCCCUGAACGUCCUGCUUUUCUGGAAAACCUUCCUGCAGUACAAUCAAGGGCCAGAGUACCACUACCUCCACCAGAUGCUGGGGCUAGGAUUGUGUCUAAGCAGAGCCUCCGCAUCUGUUCUUAACCUCAACUGCAGCCUUAUCCUCUUACCCAUGUGCCGGACACUCCUGGCUUACCUUCGAGGAUCCCAGAAGGUUCCAAGCAGGAGAACCAGAAGAUUGUUGGAUAAAAGCAGAACAUUCCAUAUAAUCUGUGGUGUUACCAUCUGUAUUUUCUCAGGUGUGCACGUGGCUGCCCAUCUGGUGAAUGUCCUCAGUUUCUCCGAGAACUACCGUGAGGAUUUCACUGAACUGAACGUAGCAAGAUACCGCGACGAGGAUCCUAGAAAACUUCUCUUCACAAGUGUUCCUGGCCUGACAGGAGUCCUCAUGGUAUUGGUGCUAUUCCUGAUGAUUACAGCUUCUACAUAUGCUAUCCGAGUUUCUAACUAUGACAUCUUCUGGUACACUCAUAAUCUCUUCUUUGUCUUCUACAUGCUGCUGAUGUUGCAUGUUUCAGGAGGGUUGUUGAAGUAUCAGACUAACAUAGAUACCCACCCUCCUGGCUGCAUCAGUCUCAAUGGAACCCUCUCCCGGAAUAUUCACUUACCUGAAAAUCUCUCAGAACAUUUUCAUGAAUCUUUCCGUGGAGGGUUUUCAAAACCAGACGAGGUUACCCAGAACACAUCUGCGAAGAUUUGUAUGGAAGAGCCCAGGUUCCAAGCGAAUUUUCCACAGACUUGGCUUUGGAUUUCUGGACCUCUGUGCCUGUACUGUGCUGAAAGACUUUACAGAUGCAUCCGGAGUAAUAAGCCAGUCACCAUCCUCUCGGUCAUAAGUCACCCCUCAGAUGUCAUGGAGAUUCAAAUGGUCAAAGAAAAUUUUAAAGCAAGGCCUGGCCAGUAUAUUACUCUACAUUGUCCCAGUGUGUCUGCAUUAGAAAACCAUCCAUUUACUCUCACAAUGUGUCCUACUGAAUCCAAAGCAACAUUCGGGGUCCACCUUAAAGUAGUAGGAGACUGGACAGAACGAUUUCGAGAUUUACUGCUUCCUCCAUCCAGUCAAGACUCUGAGAUUCUGCCCUUCAUUCAGUCCAGAAAAUAUCCCAAGCUGUAUAUUGAUGGUCCAUUUGGAAGUCCAUUUGAGGAAUCACUGAACUAUGAGGUUAGCCUCUGCGUGGCCGGAGGCAUCGGAGUAACUCCAUUUGCGUCAAUACUCAACACUCUGCUGGAUGACUGGAAACCAUACAAGCUUAGAAGACUGUAUUUUAUUUGGGUCUGCAGAGACAUUCAGUCCUUUCGUUGGUUUGCAGAUUUACUCUGUGUGUUGUAUAAUAAGUUUUGGCAAGAGAACAGACCUGACUAUGUCAACAUGCAGCUGUACCUCAGUCAAACAGAUGGGAUACAGAAAAUAAUUGGAGAAAAAUAUCAAGCACUGAAUUCAAGACUUUACAUCGGACGUCCUCGAUGGAAGCUUCUGUUUGAUGAAAUAGCAAAAUGUAACAGAGGGAAAACAGUUGGUGUUUUUUGCUGUGGCCCCCGGUCCAUUUCUACGACUCUUCGUAAAUUGAGUAACCAAAACAACUCGUACGGGACAAGAUUCGAAUACAAUAAAGAGUCUUUCAGCUGAAAGCCUUUGCGAUAAACCAGGACUCUAAAGAAGGAAUGGGUGCAGUUUCUAACACUUUGAAAUGGAAAGUUAUGUCAUGCCAAAGAGUAGCAAGGCUUUCUUAUUUAUGAUUAUUUAAAAUGGAAAUGCAGAGAAUGAGACAAGACAACAGGUCACAGCACGUGUUUAAUCUGGAAACCAAAGAGGCCCUGAAGAAUAUCUGAUGGGAUGAUUCACUUUUCAAUGCUAGAAUUAAAACUAUUAGAUACGCA